AUGUUGUCUGUGUUUAUUUUGUUGAAUCUUCUUCAACGAAUUCACUCAGGAGGUACCCCUAUUACUGAAUGUAAAUCUAGCACCGCUCCUGCUCGUCCUGUACCACCUCCAUCUGCUUGCAAAGAUAAGGAUACAAUCAUUUGCACUGCUGUUUUUGCCCCAUUUGGUGCAGAUGCAGCUGAUAAUGCAGAUCCGUCUAAAGCCUUCCUGGUUAAUCCAUAUUGUCUCAACGCAUCACUUAAAGCACAAGCAGAAGAAACAUGCCCGUCGUCCUGCGCAGUA